UCACAUAUUGAAUAUCGUCAAUAUAUGGAGAAAUAUGCACAAAUUAGAGAUAUCUUUGAAGAGAGAAUAUUAAAAGCUGCAAGAAUGUUUCAAGAGCAUGACAGAGGACAUAUUUUACAAAUGAAAAAAUUUUUUUUCCAAUUGGCAACUCUUUUAGAGACUGCUCAAAAUUGUGAUGCUAAAACGGCUAUUGAAAAUAAACAAAAUUUGGAAUUAAUUGAUGUUGAGGAAAUUAUGUUGAGAUUUAUUGAAGAAAAAGGGACGGGCACGGAUGUUCCUAAAAAACUUAAUUGGACAGAAGCAGAUGAACUUCCACAAGAAUUUGAUGUUCUCUCUGCAGUCCAUUCCCAUUCUUCUUCAUCAAAUAACUCUUCAGCUAUUGUUCCCAAUACUACAUUUUCUUCUAUUACUGCUCACAAUCCCCCUCCAACAACAGUUGAUGAUUUGCUAAAGUUUGAUGAUCAUUGUGCUUCUUCUAAAUUAUUUGAAAGUGGAAAAUCUUCCCAACGAAAAUCUCAGCAAAAAAUACAACGUUUUAAACAAUUGGCAUCCGAAGCUGACGGUGAGGAUAGUGAUUCUGAUUCUGAAAAUGCUGAAGGGGAACAACAAACAAAUAUUAGAAUCAAUACUUCUGAUAACCAACAAAAUCAACAACAAUCUUCGUCCAUUUCAACUGUUCAACACCAAAUUUCUUCUUGGUUAGGCAGACAGAAACAGGCAGCCUCUCAUUGGAGACUUAAAAAACAUAGUGCCUCACAAUCUAGUCUUCCAGCCGCAGUUGCAAAUGAAAUGGCUAUGACAAAUGAAAAACUUCAAUCAACUAACCAAUUUGCAGAAUUCUCCAAAAGUUUUGGUGUAAAUGAAGGUAAAAAGGAAUGGAAAAUUUUGUAGAAAAGGAAUGGGAAUGAUA